GUGGGCAGACGUACAAAAUCAGCAGGGGAUCAAAUACUUUUUCCCUCACUGUAUAGAGUAACUUUUUGAGAAGGAACAGUGUGCGCGCGUGUGUGAGGCGUUAUACAAACAGCGAUUCAAUAGCUUAACCCACGCUUAAACUUUAGUCUUCGCGGGGUAAAGCGUUAUUUGCAAGUAUAAUAAAUAGCACAUUACGUUUCGUUAAGUUUUGUUAAAACAAUAACUCUGCAUCAUUUUAUUUGCAGUCGCGACCCUGAAACGCGAUAAUGAAUCGAAGCACCGAGGGUUUGUGAUUUGUUAAACCGCACACGGCUCACAUCAGUGGUGAGUGAUAUCUGAACCGGUCCUGGGUUACCACCACUUCAACAACCGAGAUUGACCGGCGUGGUGAAGUAUGGUUAAACAACCAUGACCGACACAGCGAGGGGAUGCAUGGCUUCAUCGGUCAAGGCAGAUUGAGAGAAGACUCGCAUAGUUUUGUCGUUGAAUUAUUGAUUUUGCUGCGUGUAUGAUUAAGAUACAUAAUACUAAACAAGCCAAGCUGUUUUAAGUACGUGGGGGUUCGAGUGUAUAUAUAUACACACACACAGAGAGAGACAUGCCGCGUUACGGGGAGGUCCCCUUUUAAUAUACCUGAGUUCACGCACGGGUUAAUGGUUGAGCACAAGCAUCAGGCCUUGUAGAUGACAAGUCACAACUCAACAUCAACACACACCGACUUGCAUUUCACUACACCCCAUAAGCCCUGCACACACACACACACACAUAUAUACACACAGGCAUAUGACACUAAACAAUGUGCGUCUGAGAGCAUUACCUUCUUGAGCACCAAUCAUUAGCCAAGCUAAUAACGGAACGCCAACGCAUCACCCAUGGAACCGACCAUCACCACCGACUUUGGGGACAUCAUCGCUACCAUCGGCUUCGGCAAGUUCCAAAAGUGGCUCAUCUUCUGGACGAGCCUCACGUGCCUCUUUGGAGACUUCCCGUCCUUCGUGCAGGUGUUCUCGGGCUCCGCCGUGCCCCACAGGUGCCGGCCCGACAGCGCGGGCGUCACGGGCUCAGAGGGGCCCACGAACGCGACCCCGGAGCCUGCGUUCGCGACCCCGAGUGAUGGGCACGGAGGCGAGCCGGCGAGCCCGUGCGUGCGUGUCCUCGACGCGAGCCUCCUCCGCCCGUGGCAGCACGGCGGGAAUGUCUCGAGCGGUGGUGCGUGGAGCACCCUCGCCCCUGCUGGCGGUGGCGUUGCUGCUGAUGAUGAUGAGCUGGGGGGUUUUGGAAACUCCAGCCAGGAGCCCUGCACCAACGGGUGGAUGUACGACACCAGCCAGUAUUCGUCAACCAUCGUCACCGAGUUUGACCUGGUGUGCGAGCGGAGGUGGCUGAACGAGAUGUCGCAGGCGAUGUUCAUGCUGGGCUUUCUGCUCGGCUCGGCUGGUGGACCUCUCUCCGACAGUGUGUGUUUUCGAAACAAUAAAUGUCUCUUCCCUUCCCAGUACGACUCGUGGGGAUUACCUUUCGUGGGGGGCACCACAGCUAAAUCGCACCCCACCUUAAACUUAAUCCAGCCACGGGCGUACUGCGAGUUGAAUGAUGUGACACGUGGCACGCGUGUCUCACCCAUUCGCAGGUACGGACGGAAGGGACUUAUUGUCGUGGCCAUGGUCUGGCAUUUUAUUUGCGGACUCGGCAGUGCGUUCUCCCCGAACGUCGCCCUUUACAUCGUCUUCCGCUUCGGAGUGGGCCUCGGCAUGUCGUUCAUCCUCGGCAACCCCAUCGUGCUCAUCAUGGAGUGGUGCAGCACGUCCAAGAGAACCCUGGCAGCAUUGGUCCCCCAGGGCUCGCGGGGCAUGGGGCAGGUGCUGCUCGCCACGCUAGCCUACUUCAUCCGCGACUGGCGAAUGUUCCAGCUCGUUGUCACCAUCCCCCCGUUCGUGGCCUUCAUCGUCUACUCGUGCAUCGUUCCCGAGUCGGCGCGGUGGCUGUACACGAGGGGAGACCACGAUCGCGCCAAGGAGCUCAUCAUGGAAGCGGCCAAGCAGAAUGGCGUCACGCUACCCACACACAUGGUGGACACGCUGUCAAUGGAGAAGAAGAAGUCCCCGAAGUCCGCGCUCGACCUCUUUAGAACGUUCCACAUGCGACAGGAGACAAUAACCAGGAAGAAAAAAAAACUAAAUAGUUUAUUUCUGUAUUGUUUUGUCCGUCUGCUGAAGCAUGAACCUCUCUGCAGGUUGAUGGUGAGCAUGUCCUACUACAAACUGAGCCUCAGCUCCACAGGAUUUGGCCUCAGCAUCUAUCUCACCCAGCUGAUCUUCGGGGUCACCGAAUCGCCGGCUCGCUUUUGCCUGCCGUGGUUUCUGGAGCGGUUCGGUCGCCGGCCGUGCAUUUUCACCGUCCAGUUCGUCGGGGGCCUGGCCUGCGUCAUCCUCGCGCUCAUCCCUGCCGACCUGCGAGUGGUCACCACGGUGGUGGCGGUCUUGGUGAAGACGUGCAUGGCGUGCGCUUUCUCCGUCCUCUUUGUCUACUCGACAGAGCUCUUCCCCACCACCCACCGACAAAACGGACUGGGAAUGGCGGCAAUGUCGGGCAGCCUGGGUGGAAUUCUGGCUCCCAUGGUGUCCCUUCUCGGCGUCUACCACCGCGUCAUCCCGCUCACGUUGGUGGGCGCCGGCGUGCUCGUCAGCUCGCUGCUCUGCCUGUCGCUGCCGGAGACCAGGAACGUCAAGUUGCCCGACGUUCUACCGACCAAAGAAGACCUGGCGCGCAAGGCCAAGUUGAAGAAAGCAGGAGCGGCGCAGAAUGGCACGGCGAAGGGCAGCCUCAACGUCUUCACUACGAGACUCUAAGUGGAGCGAGGGGCUACAGAGGGAGUGGUGUGCGGUGGAAGUAUACAAUGUACCAUUCUUUUAAAACGUGAACAUAGCUGUCAGUCGGUUGAUGUUUACAGACUCAACAAUGCUUUGGCACCGUCUGCUAUGAAACUGUGCAAUUUUAACAAUUUGU